GUUUGGUAGGAGGAUUGUGACAUGUUGUUCACCGUGAUUGACCACACACUCCAGCACGAAGCUCCGGAGUCCACAAUGACCUCAGGUCCAGAACAACGCUCCGUGUUUGAGUACUGUCUUCAAGACUCUGCUCUACAGGAGGUCCGAGGAGUUACCAGUGUUCAUGAGCCUCCUGAACACUGUCAUGGAGUGACUGUGUGCCCCAAGGAGGAUCUCCAGGAUGAGAAACAGCCAGAGAGCAGCCUGGGUAGAGAUGUGUCUGACAGGAUGGUGUGCUCGGCCUGCCAGUGCCCCUUCGACACCCGGGAGGAGCAGAUGGAGCACUACAAGCUUGACUGGCACCGUUUCAACCUGAGGCAGAGACCAUCUGGUAAAACCCCAGCCACAGUGGAGGAGUUUGAGAGGAAGACCGGUGGAGGAGACAUGUCUAGCAUCUCAGGUUCUGACUCGGAGGACGAGGAACCAGACAGUGACUGGGCUGUGGAGAACACCGAGGCUGCUCCUCUACAGAAGGACCACGGUGUUCUAGAAGCGGAAUCCUUCCGUCGCCUCUCCAACCGGGUCGUGUUCCAGAACUCUCAGGGGCAGUACCUGGCUGUCUACCGCUGUGUUCUGCAGAGCAAGUCUGCCAUAGAGGAAGACCUGGUGGCCUCUCUACAAAGUCUCAGUAACAAGACUACGUGGGUCAUUCUGAUGGCAGGUGGUGGACACUUCGCUGGAGCCGUGUUUCAAGGGAGAGAGGUGUUACAGCACAAGACGUUCCAUCGGUACACUGUAAGAGCCAAGCGGGGGACAGCCCAGGGUCUGAGAGAUGCUAAGAACAGCAGUCAUGCUCCUAAAUCAGCCGGAGCUGCCCUGAGGCGAUACAACGAAUCUGCGCUCGUCAAGGAGAUCCAGGACUUACUGGAGAGCUGGUCUGACCACCUGACUGACGCCAGUGCCAUCUUCCUGCGGGCGCCCAGCCAUAACAAAACCCUGUUCUUGGGGGGUAAAGCGGCUCCGCUGGUCAAGAAGGACCCUCGGAUCAGAACACUGCCUUUCCCCACACGCAGAGCCACCUUCAGAGAGAUAAAGAGAGUACACGAUGUCCUCUCCACUCUAAAUAUAUAUGGUAAAGACACUGACAUCUCCGACAUCCUGAGUCCCUCUAACAAGGUGUGGAAGAAGGCACGUACACCUGUGGCUCAGCCAGAACCUUCCCAGGAGACAACAGCACCCCUAGUGGAGGAGGAGGAGAGUUCAGGAGAGGAGCUGGAGACGGUGGAGGUGACUCUGGGAACUCUGGACCUCCGGGAGCAUGAGAUCUAUCCUGCCAGGAGGAAGAAGAGGAGACGCAGGACAGAGGACAGAGGUCUAAGUAACAGGGAAGCUGUGGGGUCUCCUGCUGCUCCUGAAGACAGUAACCAGGAGAGAGGAGGAGAGAAAGACCAGGGGAGGAGGAAACCCAAGGGGAAGACGACGAUACAACAUGAAGAGGAGGAGCCUGAUGAGUCCUGGGACUAUGGUCUGAGGGAUGCUCUCUACACCGCCUGUAAGACUGGAGACCUGGCCACCCUCAUCAGACUGUUACCAGUGAGGAGGGGAGAGCAGGAUGGACAGAGAGAGGACCAGGAUGGACAGAGAGAGGACCAGGAUGGACAGAGAGAGGACCAGGAUGGACAGAGAGAGGACCAGGAUGGACAGAGAGAGGACCAGGAUGGACAGAGAGAGGACCAGGAUGGACAGAGAGAGGACCAGGAUGGACAGAGAGAGGACCAGGAUGGACAGAGAGAGGACCAGGAUGGACAGAGAGAGGACCAGGAUGGACAGAGAGAGGACCAGGAUGGACAGAGAGAAGACCAGGAUGCAAAGCAAGAGGGAGAGAAGAAUCAGGGAGAGGUGGAGGAGAGCUGCUCUUCCCAGGCCCCUGCAGCCCAGAGUCCACUAGUCCAACUCAACCAGCCCAUAGACCCUGCAGCCCAGAGUCCACUAGUCCAACCCAACCAGCCCAUAGACCCUGCAGCCCAGAGUCCACUAGUCCAACUCAACCAGCCCAUAGACUCCUCAGGCUUCACUCUGCUUCACGUGGCCUCCGCAGCAGGACAGAAAGGAGUGGUCCAGCUGCUGAUGGAUGCAGGCAGCGACCCGGCAUGCAAAGAUCUGACCGGCCAGACUCCCUACAUCGUUGCUCCUGACAAGGACACCAGGAACGUGUUUAGGAAGUACAUGGCUGAUCACCCUGACAAAUACAACUACAGCAAGGCUCUGGUUCCUGGUCCGCUGACGGCCGAGUUGGAGUCCAAGAAGACGGAGAAGAAAAGGGCUCAGAAAGCGGCCAAGAAAACGAGGGAGAGAGAACAGAGAGAACAGAGGAAGAGACUAGAGAUGGAGGCUGAGGAGAAGAAAAGAUUUGCCUCCUUAAGCGAUCGAGAGAAGAGAGCGCAGGCUGCGGAGAAGAGGUUGGCAGAGCAUCAGGCCUCAACAGGGGGAGACCUUUCAAACACCAGGCGGUGUUGGCAGUGUGGGGAGUCCCUGGUGGGAAAGGUCCCGUUUCAAUACCUAGACUUCAGCUUCUGCACCCCUCGCUGUGUCCAGGAGCACCGCAAGGCUAAUGUGGCUAACAGGAGCAGGGCAGGAAACUGACGAUCAUGUUGCUACCGCCACAACCCUACCAUACUGUUGCCACUUCACCAUAGAAGCCUCAGGCCUGCUAAUCUAUUGGUUGGUGGGGACAGAGCACGCAGACCCAGAGACCUAACUGGACCAAGCCCCAGACCUCAGUCAAUCUGCAUCUUGAUGUUGCCCAUCUGAUAGGAUUAAAAUGCACAGAAAUAGAAUUAAUAUAACAUAUGAAUGGGGACCCCUGUUCUAUUCAUUAUAUUUCUAUGCAUUUAAUCCCAUCAAAUAGGCCAAAAUCCAGAUGGAUAACUUUAGAUGAAAACUGGACCCGGUGACUAUAAGACGAGCAGCUUUGUUACGAUUCAGUUUAACUCAGAAGAUCUGCCUUGUAGCACCGUUGGGAAUGUGAAAGGUCAUUCUCCGAUUUGAGCCUUGAACAGCGUUUACCGUGAAAGCUGGUUGCCCUUUAAAUGGAGCUGAUCGUUUCAGGAAAGGAGGCAGAGCUGGGGUCUGAACCGGGUCUGAACCGGGUAUGAACCGGGUCUCAACCGGGUCUGAACCGGGUCUGAACCAGGUCUGAUCCGGGUCUGAUCCAGGUCUGAACUGGUGUCAAAUGAAAUCACUGUUGGUGUGGAAUAAUAAACCAUAUUAAUUCAGCUGUACGUGUGAUUGAUGAAACUGUUUAUUCAUGUACACAGUGUUUUUAUGAAAUAGGUAUAUAGUAACGUGCCAAAACAUACAUUAUCUGACAGAAGCACAGCAACUCAUGUUAUUAAAUCAUGUCAAAACAAUGA